GAGCAUGCUGCUAUUACUGCUACAUCUUCAAUGCAAGAAAGAGGUCCAGAAAAUGCUCGUCUAAAUGGUUUAUAAUAUUAGAGUUCUAAAAACAAUAUCCAAAAUGAAUGUACGAUGGGCAUUCAAUUUUAAUAAUUGGAAUCCAACCGAAAACGAAUUAUUAUUAGCAACAUCAUGUAUACAAACCGAUGAAAAAGAACGACUCAAUAAGUUUGUAUUUAGAAAUGAUUUUAAAGCGUCUUUAAUUGGUCGAUUAUUAAUGCGUAAAUAUAUAAAUAUUGCAUUAAAAAUACCAUAUAAUGAAAUAAUACUUGAAAGGGAUGAAAAAGGCAAACCAUUUUUACCCAAUUCCAAAUCCAUUUCAUUUAAUGUAUCUCAUCAGGGAAACUAUGUGGUAUUUGCUGGUGCACUAGGUCGUCAAACAAUUGGUGUUGAUGUAAUGAAAAUGGAAUAUACGGGGGGUAAAGAUAUUAAUAAUUUUUUUCGAUUAAUGUCGAAAAAUUUUUCACAAUAUGAAUGGAAUACUAUUAAAUAUGGUCAUAAAGUCAAUGAACAUAUUGGAAUGUUUUAUCGUCAUUGGUGUUUAAAAGAGAGUUAUGUGAAAGCAUUAGGUGUUGGGAUUACAAUUAAUUUACAAGAUAUUAGUUUUAAAAUUAAUACAAAACAAUUACAACAUGACGAAAUCGUUACUGACACUGAAUUAUAUGUUAAAAAUAAAAAAGUAAAUUGGUUAUUUGAAGAAUGUUUAUUAGGAGAAUUGAACGAUCAUGUUGUUGCUGUUGCUAUUAAUAAGUCUGAAGGGGAACCUAAUGAUUUAGUUCAUUUUAAAGAAUUUAAUUUUCAAGAACUUAUGGAAGGUUCCUCUUCACUUUUGGAACCUGAUUUAAAUUAUUGUAAAGGUUAUUUUACUAAACUACAGAGAUAGUAGACGUUUUAGUAAAUUUACUUAGUAAUUGCACUAUUAUAUAAGUAAUGAUUUAUGACGACAUUCACAUUUAUUUAUGACUGUUUCAUUUGUAAUCAAAUAAGAUCGUAGACCAUUUGUAAUAAAUUUUUUGAUGGUGUAUUUAAACAUUUGAAUUUUUGUAAAAUGUUUAAACAAAAUCGACAUUUUUUUUUAAAAGAACAUUUAAAUCGAUUAAAUAUCCCUAGACGCUUAGGCCCUCUCAAAAUAUGAAGUCAAAGAAUUCAUAUCUUUGCAGGGAAUUGAACACUGUACAAAAAGUUUCUAAACUUAAUUUCAUAAAACUAAACGUUUCAAAUAUUAAAAGUCAUUUAACGUUUUAUAUGGCUUAUGCAUAUAUUAUGUUAAAUAUAAGUACAUAUUAAAAUUAGCUUAACGUUUGUAACGCUAAAAAAAAUUUAUGGUAGAAACAAAAUGUAAUGAAGAUCCUCAUAAAAUUACCUAAUAAAUCCAUUUCAACUUGUUCGUCCAUCGAUAAAAACCAUUACUAAACUAAGAAAUGAAAUGACCUAAAGCUAACAAGUGUCUUGAGUUUGUGAACCUCUGAGUAAAAAGGGACAAUUGGGUCCUGGAUCAACCAUCUUUUAAACCGUAAGAAAUAUAGAAAAAUUACAUUAAAUAUAUUAACAAAUAAAGGUUUCUUUUGAUGAAACAAUCUUCGUGGUACACAAGAAGAUUAUUUUGUUUGAGACAUUUUUACCCAAGUUUAUAGAUUUGUCACAAUUCUAGCCAGGUACAUUUAUUCUGUACUAUAAGUACUUUAUACAAUUAAAACAUUGAUAUCGAAGUAUAUGCAAGGUAUUUAAGCAAUUAACUUUGUUAUUGAGUAUCUUCACUUAUUUUCUGUAUGUUCUAAAAAUAAAAAAUUUAUAUUACUUUACCAUGUAAAACUUUAAGACUUUCAAAAGUCUGUAACUUUGAAAAUUUGGUUUUAUGAAAUUAUGACUAGAUACUUUUUACUACAAUUUUGCAAUUCUUUUUUUAAAAAGUCGGUUUUUGAAACGAUUUAGUGUAUUCACAAGUUGAUCUUACAUAUGUAAAAACGGGGAUUAUCAGGCAGUUCUGAAAUAUAACUCCCGGUAGUCACCCUGACACAAAAACGUAAUUUUUGUAUAAAGGUAUUUAAAUCAAGCUUUCAAAAGUUUUAAGUGUAAAUAUUGUGAAUGAUCUAAAGUCAUAUU